GCGAGGAGGGAAACGUGUCACCCAGCGGUCUAGAUCCUUUCAAGUAACACAAGUACUCUUCUGCACUAAGUUGUGUAAGGAAUCGUGUUUCUUUUUGCGUGUUUUGUGGCUGAAGUAAGCCGGGGAAGUGACAUAGUUGGUAGAAGAAGUAAUAUCUAUCAACGCGGGAGGCAGUCUUUAUUUUUUUCCUGUUCUUCGAUACUCAAGGCAGGCAACAUGGAGGACGUAGAGACCUUCGCCUUCCAGGCGGAGAUCGCCCAGCUUAUGUCCCUCAUCAUCAACACUUUCUACAGUAACAAAGAAAUCUUUCUGCGAGAGUUGAUCUCCAACAGCUCUGAUGCCCUGGACAAGAUCCGAUACGAGUCCCUCACUGACCCCUCAAAGCUGGAGAGUGGCAAGGAGCUUUACAUCAAGCUCAUCCCAGACAAGAAUGAACGUUCUCUCACCAUCAUUGAUACCGGUGUUGGCAUGACGAAGGCUGACCUAGUAAACAACUUGGGUACCAUCGCUAAGUCUGGCACCAAGGCUUUUAUGGAGGCACUGCAGGCCGGUGCCGACAUCUCCAUGAUUGGUCAGUUCGGCGUGGGCUUCUACUCGGCUUAUCUUGUGGCUGACAGGGUGGUGGUCACCUCCAAACACAGCGAUGACGAGCAGUACACAUGGGAGUCUGCGGCAGGUGGCUCUUUCACCAUCAGGCCAAACAAAGACGAACCACUGCAGCGAGGCACCAAGAUCACUCUUUAUCUGAAGGAGGAUCAGAUAGAGUACUUAGAGGAGCGUCGCAUUAAGGAGGUGGUUAAGAAGCACUCACAGUUCAUUGGCUACCCCAUCAAGCUUAUGGUGGAGAAGGAGAGGGACAAGCAAGUUCCCGAUGAUGAUGAAGAAGACAAGGAAGGGGAGGAGAAGAAAGAGGAUGAACAAACUGACGUGCCCAAGGUAGAGGACGUGGGUGCUGACGAAGACGCAGACAAGGAUACCGUGAAGGCCAAGAAGUUCAAGACUGUGAAGGAGAAGUACAUUGAUGACGAGGAGCUAAACAAGACCAAACCCCUCUGGACCCGCAACCCUGACGACAUCUCCCAGGAGGAGUACGGUGAAUUCUAUCGCUCCCUCAGCAACGACUGGGAGGACCACCUCGCUAUAAAGCACUUCAGCGUUGAGGGACAGCUGGAGUUCAGGGCACUUCUGUUUGUGCCUCGCCGUGCGCCAUUUGAUCUCUUUGAGAACCGUAAACAGAAGAACAAGAUCAAGCUGUACGUGCGUCGUGUAUUCAUUAUGGACAAUUGCGAAGAGCUGAUUCCCGAGUACCUGAAUUUCGUCACUGGUGUUGUAGAUUCUGAGGAUCUUCCUCUCAACAUCUCCCGAGAAAUGUUGCAGCAAAACAAGAUCCUCAAGGUUAUCCGUAAGAAUUUGGUCAAGAAGGCCAUGGAGCUUUUUGAGGAGCUGGUGGAGGACAAGGAAUCUUUUAAGAAAUUCUACGACAACUUCUCCAAGAACAUCAAGCUGGGCAUCCACGAGGACUCCACUAACCGCAAGAAGCUGGCCGAGUUACUGCGUUUCUACACCUCUGCUUCAGGGGACGAAAUGUCAUCGCUUAAAGAUUACGUGUCUCGUAUGAAGGAGAACCAGAAACAGAUCUAUUACAUCACUGGUGAGAAUCGCGAUGCUGUGGCCAACUCUGCCUUCGUGGAGCGUGUGAAAAAGGGAGGCUUCGAGGUGGUGUACAUGAUCGAUCCCAUCGAUGAGUAUUGCAUCCAGCAGUUGAAGGAAUACGACGGCAAGCAGCUGGUGUCCGUCACCAAGGAGGGUCUGGAACUCCCUGAGGAUGAGGACGAGAAGAAGAAACUGGAGGAACAGAAGACCAAGUUCGAGAACUUGUGCAAGAUUGUCAAGGACAUCCUAGACAAGCGUGUUGAGAAGGUGGUGGUGAGCAACAGGCUGGUGACCUCACCAUGCUGCAUCGUCACCUCCCAGUACGGCUGGACUGCCAACAUGGAGCGCAUCAUGAAGGCGCAGGCUCUCAGGGACACCUCCACCAUGGGAUACAUGAGUGCCAAGAAACACUUCGAACUCAAUCCUGACCACAGCAUCAUUGAGACUCUCCGCCAGAAGGCCGAUGCUGACAAGAAUGACAAGUCUGUCAAGGAUCUCGUCAUGCUGCUCUACGAGACAGCUCUGCUGGCCUCAGGCUUCAACCUGGAGGACCCUGGUGUGCAUGCCUCCCGCAUCUACCGCAUGAUCAGCCUUGGCUUAGGAAUUGACGACGAUGACCUGACAGCCAUCCCUGAUGACACCACCAACCCAAUGGACGACCUGCCACCGCUGGAAGGUGAUGACGAAGACGCCUCACGCAUGGAGGAGGUGGACUAGACUGUCCUUGGUCUGCAUAGUAAGGUCAUCCGGCUAGCAGGUGGGAAGAAAUGGCAUUGGUCAGGCUCCUUACUAAAUGAUGCCAUACUCAGAUGAACAUCACUGUUGGCCUCCUGACUUAACCAUAUCGAGUUUAGAGACCAUGGAACUCUUCACUUUCUUUAUCCUUCCGUCUCUUCGCCUUCGCCUCUCAGCACCAUUCCUGCCACUGCGUGUGGACGCCGUUUGGCUGUUCAUCAUGACACACCAUCCACGAACGCUUCAUUGCUCUCGUGCAAGUACGUAAGCGCAAACACACACACACACACACACACACACACACACACACACACGAUGUCCCUGACCAAGGUUCUUGGGUCGGUGUGGCCUGGCAAACAGCGGCAACCUGUCUGGGUGUCAAAGUCACGUCAUAAUACAAAAUAUGUAUAGUUUAUUUUAUACGUAAGAUUUGUAUAAAAUAUAUAAUAUACCACA